AUGAAAUUGGAAUUCACUGAGAAAAACUACAACAGCUUCGUGCUGCAGAACCUGAACAAGCAGAGAAAACGCAAAGAGUACUGGGACAUGGCCCUGACUGUGGACCACCAUGUCUUCUUUGCACACCGCAAUGUGCUGGCUGCUGUCUCGCCUCUGGUGAAGAGCCUCAUUUCUAACAAUGACAUGAAGACCACUGAUGAGCUCUUCAUCACCAUCGACCCCAACUACCUGAGCCCGGCCACAGUGGAACAUCUUCUGGAUUACUUCUACAGCGGCAAGGUGGUGAUCUCAGAGCAGAAUGUAGAGGAGCUCCUGAGAGGAGCCCAGUAUUUCAACACUCCACGCCUUCGGAUUCACUGCAACGAUUUCCUGAUUAAAUCAAUCCGCCGUGCCAAUUGCUUGCGCUAUCUCUUCUUAGCCGAAUUGUUUGAACUCAAAGAAGUAUCAGAUCUGGCCUAUUCUGGCAUUCGUGACAACUUCCACUACUGGGCCAGUCCGGAAGGUUCCGUGCACUUCAUGCGCUGUCCUCCCAUCAUCUUUGGCCGCCUGCUGAGAGAUGAAAACUUGCACGUGCUCAAUGAGGACCAAGCGCUUAAUGCACUCAUCAACUGGGUAUACUUUCGGAAGGAUGAGCGGGAGAAAUACUUCAAGAAAUUCUUCAAUUACAUCAACCUAAACGCUGUCUCCAACAAGACACUGAUGUUCGCCAGCAGUAAACUGAUGGGGAUGGAGAACAGCUCAGCCCAUACAACCCUGAUUGAGAGCGUCCUGAUGGAUCGCAAACAGGAGAGGCCGUGCAGCCUGCUGAACUACCAACGGAAAGGGGCCCUGCUCGAUUCUGUGGUCAUCCUCGGGGGCCAGAAAGCCCACGGCAAGUUCAAUGAUGGAGUGUUUGCCUAUAUCAUCCAGGAGAACCUGUGGCUAAAGCUCUCAGAGAUGCCCUACCGUGCAGCAGCCCUCAGUGCCACCUCUGCAGGUCGCUACAUCUAUAUCUCUGGUGGCACCACUGAGCAGAUAUCAGGACUGAAGACAGCUUGGCGAUAUGACAUGGAUGACAAUUCCUGGACCAAGCUGCCUGACUUGCCAACUGGGCUGGUCUUCCAUACCAUGGUGACCUGCGGAGGCACCGUGUAUUCAGUGGGUGGGAGUGUCGCCCCGAGGCGGUAUGUCUCCAGUAUCUAUCGCUAUGAUGAGCGCAAAGAGGCCUGGAGCCUGGCAGGGAAGAUGAGCAUCCCAAUGGAUGGCACAGCUGUGAUCACCAAGGAUGAUCGGAACCUGUACAUUGUCACUGGGAGGUGCUUGGUGAAGGGCUACAUCUCCCGAGUGGGAGUGGUGGAUUGUUUUGACACCAACACUGGGGAUGUGGUCCAGUGUAUAACCUUCCCCAUUGAGUUCAAUCACCGGCCCCUGCUGUCUUUCUGUCAGGACAGUAUCCUUUGUGUCCACAGUCACCGCCAGAGUGUAGAGAUCAACCUGCAGAAGGUAAAGGCCAACAAGACCACCACCUCAGUGCCUCUGUUGCCCAACAACUGCCCCUUAGAUGUGUCCCAUGCUAUAUGUUCCAUUGGAGACAACAAGGUCUUUGUAUGUGGGGGUGUCACCACAGCCUGUGAUGUCCAAACCAAAGACUACACCAUCAAUCCCAAUGCCUACUUGCUAGACCAAAAGGCAAACGAGUGGAAGAUCCUGGCCCCCCCACCUGAGGCACUGGACUGUCCUGCCUGCUGUCUAGCCAAGCUGCCUUGCAAGAUUCUUCAAAGGAUUUAA